AUGACUCCACCCUCGUCAGCCCUGGCGGCCUCACGGCUUACAAACGAAACCAGGACAGCAAAAUCCAUUGCUCCGUACCCUAGCGUGCCUCUGGGUGGUCAUUCCCAUGGCCUAUUCCUAUGCGACCAGGAGCGCCGCUCAUUCCACUUUUUUCUAACCAAGACUGCCCCACAGCUAGCCGGCAACUUCGCGUGCGUCUUCUGGGAUCACCAUUUAGUCCAGUCUGCACACCACGAACCAGCCAUUCGUCAUGUGAUAGUCGCUCUGGGCUCACUACAUGAAACUUUCGUGCGGGAUGCGGGUGUCCCUGUGACCUCGGGAACCCGGGCCAUACACAGCCCCUUUGCUCUUCGACAGUAUUUACGCGCUAUCCGUUGCCUGCUGCCGACGACGGCGCCCUCGCUACCCGUCGAUGUGUGUCUGAUGUCUUGCGUGUUAUUUGCCGCCUUUGAGGCCAUGCGUGGUCAAUAUGGUUGCGCUAUCACUCAUAUCACUAGCGGACUCAAGAUUCUUGGGGAGCUCCGAACUAGUGAGUCUAGCGUGGAUCAGUGGAUAGCGUUAAGUACAGGCCGCAUGCCUUAUGUCACGAUCAACGUCUUAUGCGGGCUUUUUACCCGCCUGGAAGCGCAGGCCGUUGUGACUGUCCAUAACACAAGCGCAUCGCCCCUCAGCCUGUGGCCCAAACUGGCAAUUGACCUAGACCGACCAGUUGCGUUCCACUCACUAGCCGAGGCACGUGAGAUGCUUGAAGUAUACACCUACUUUUAUCGACAGCAUAGCACGGCAAUGCGAAAUCAAAACAAAAUGAUGGAUUCUCUCACAUAUAUGAAUCCCGAAGCCGUCACUCUACACGACACCUCGCUCUCCCUAUUGGCGCGUUGGUCUGAUGCUCUGGACCGCUUCUUGCUCGAAACUAGCGCCUCUUUGACAAGUCGCGACCAUCGGGGUGCCGCAAUCCUCAAGCUACGUAAGAUCGACUGUUUCAUAGUGCUGGAUGUUCUUCAGUUCGCAGAGGUGACUGGGGCAGAGGAGUCUACCCUCUGGGAUCGGUACUAUUCCCUUUUUGAGCAGAUGGUACACCUAGGCGAGUCAAUUGUCGAAUACUUCUGUUCUACAGGGUUUCUUCAUGUGUCUUCACCUUCAUCAUUGUCGCCAUUACCAGCACUUCCGCCAACGAUCUUUUCCCUUGACCUCGGCAUCAUUGGUGCUAUGUUCAAUGUCGCCACUCGAUGUCGAGACCCAUGUCUUCGCCGACGCGCCUUGAAUGUGCUUCGCGUCGCCUCUGUCCAGGAAGGUGUUUGGAACAGUGUAAUAGUGGCCGCCAUAGCAGAGAAAUGGAUCGAUAUUGAAGAGGAGGGGCUGGGUACCGUGGCAAGCUGUGUGGACAUCCCUGCCGCAGUACGACUGUCAUCUUUUCUCCCAGUAUUUGACAUUCAUCAGCGCAGUGCACAGAUCUACUACGGCCGUUCUUCAGAAAUAAAUUCUGAAAAUAUGCGGAAAGAGGUUUUGCUGUGGUAA